CCACCCGACUGACUCAGCUACGCCAGAGGCAUGUUGUGGUAAAGAAACACCUAUGCAGGUGGAUCCUACACUAAUGAAUGUAGGGGAUGGAGGCACAGUGAGCAGAGAGAUCAGUGCUCCAAAUAAAGCGUCUACUAGUAUGGUGGGAAAUCCUCCCCAGACGCUACCCUCUGAGUUUAGAGGAGAUGUUACCCUCAGUCAGCAAAAUAAAAACACCCCAACAACAGACUGUAAGACAGCAAAAGCCUGCCUGGACACUAGCAGCUACAACCAUAGUCCUGAACUUUCUUCACCUCAGCAGCUCAACAAUGUGUCAAUGUCAGGCUCAGCACUCACCAGCUUAGACAAGAGAGCAGACAAAAGGAUAGAGGUCCCAAAAGUGAAAACUGAUGGUGUCGGGGUGUUCCCCACUCCUCAAUGGUCAAGUGGCUUGAAGGUCAGCCGGGAAGACUCACUCAACCCAUGUCACAGCAAUGUGACAUCAAGCAAGAAAUCGCAUACACUAGUGCCACCUGUGCAAAGUGUUCCUCCAGGGUUUCAGUGUUCCACCAUGUUUAAAUCAGCCCAGCCUGUUGCCUUUCUUCCAUCCACCAACUUUUCUACUCCCAUUUGUAAAAUCACUCUUCCACCAGCAUUAGGUCAGAUUGCCUCAUUGAGGGACGCCACAGCAAGUCAAUUUCAGAACGAAAUCCAGCCUCAAAGCUCAGGUGUUGGAGGGGCGCCCAUGCGGACCUACCCAUAUCCGUAUGCCAGUCGAACUCCUGCUCCAGAGAAAAUGGGCAUGUCAACAUCAAAGUUUAAAGCUAACCCGUCAAGUAAGAAUGCAAAAGCUGUCGGGGAGCAUAAAUCUUUAGCUUCAGUGGUAGCAUCACCAGCGAUUGCGCUUCCCUUGCAACAUCCAUCAUUAAGUUCUGCAACACCAACUCGCUAUACCUUGUCUCCAACUGCUGCUAUCUGCUGUGGCUCUGCACUGGCCAGUAUUGCCUCUCAAAGUAGACUGCUAAACCACGUGGAUAAAGGCAACAGCAUAGACAAAACAUCCAUUGGAUGUCUGAAAACGAUGUCCCAGUGUGUUCCAGAGGACACAGCUGAAUCAAGGGAUGUACCUCUUGAUUUGUCAGCUAAGUCCAAACGUCCAAAAUGUAUAAAUGACCCACCAGUAACCAUAAUGGAGCCUUAUAAUGAGUCAAACCAGAGAGAUUUUCUUAAUUCAAAGAGGAAUCACUCUGCAGCUUAUAGUCCAGCGGUUCAGUACCCUAUUUUACCCAACACCCAUAGAAAUGGAUCUCAUCAAAAGCAAUUAAAUAUGCCUCCAAAUCAUCAGGUUCUGGAGUCCAAGUCAUCAUGGUCCAAAGGCCCUUCGCAAGAUUCAGUUAAAAACAUCCCUGGAACUUAUGUGGGUGUGGCUAGCCCAAUACUGGCUUCUACCCUUCGAGGCAAAGAUGGCAAAGGGAGUUUUGCUGAUGAAUUUCAGAAUUUUGCAAAGCAGGAGUUUAUAUCUAUAAUUGAUCAAGGGGAACAUUUGGCAUCAGGUGGAAAGAAGCCAUCUUAUUUGAUGAAAGGCAACCAGCAUGGGCACACUGUCAAACAUGGCAAAAGCACCACCACAGCCAUUAUAAAUAAGAACUGUCCCUCUAAAGGAGCAGUGACAACUGCACUGUCAAGUUCUGUCAGUGCUCAGAUUAAUCAGAAGUCUGGUACUGGCAAACCAGGACUGCCAUACUCCACCUCUGUUGUUAGUGCAGCUUGGGAACAGCUGUCUCUCCCUUCACACCAAACAUCUUCUGCUCAGAGAAAAUUCACACAAGGAUGUGCAAAAACUAAAAGCGGCACCAUUGCAGAUGGUUCUAUGUUUCAGAACAUCCAUCAUAGCCCGUCCAAAACUGAGGAUGACAAGUGGGAAAAAAUUAAGUCCCCCCUGUCUAAUCUCGCUUCCAUUGUAAAGCAGCAAACUCUUGAAACAACGGCACUGACAAAUGAGAACAAUAGUCAAGCUGCACCUGUUGCAUCUAGAAAUACUGAUGUUCUAAAUCCACUCAAAGGGAGCCAAGAUACUCAGUCAAAACAUAAUUCUGUUUAUGAAUACACACCGUUCUGGUCUGUGGAAAAGUGGGCUGGUAUGCCAUCUCAAGGGGAUUCAGCUCAAACUAUGAAGAGACUUGAGAGGGUGAGUUCCACUGAGCCACUGGAGAAUAAUACAGAGACACAAAGACAGGGAGAACACAUGGGAUUAAAAGAAAAGGAAGGCUCGUCAAAGCCUACUGGUCAUUGUCACAUCUUUGGAAGCAAUGCAUCAACAAAUGAAAACAGGCUGGAGAGCAAAGUAGCCCAGGUGUUAGAGGGGGAGAUACUGAAACACGAAAGUGGGGCGGCAGAUUGUCCGAAGAGUGAAAAAACAGAGGGGAGAGACGCAUCUAUUCUUACAGGCCAGGGUGCCUGUGGCGACAAGGUUGAGAAAAAAACAAAUGGAACCAAAGAGGAGUCACCAACCAAAGCAAAAGUCGCCGCCAUCAAACAGAAGAGAACGAGCCCUAAGAAGGCAGCAAAGAUCAAGUCUCCCGCAGACCCAAAACAGACAUCUGCAGCAACCACAAAGAAAAAGCAAGACACACAAAACACUCCAACCAAAGCGUCUCCCCACAAGAAGCAGAAUAAACAAUGUGCACCUGUGCUAGACCAGAGUUUAUCUGUGGAAAAGGUUUCCCAACGGGGUAAAGAGCAGAUUCUGAGGGACAAAGUCAGCCCUAAUAAAGCUGUGCAGUCUGCUUGCAACAAACAAGGUGCAGAUAAUGGCAGCAGCCCUCAGACUAUAGAAACGCCAGCCUCUCUCUGUACUCCUGACGUAUCUACUAAGGACACAGAUGCGACAGAAAGCUCCUUCCCAAGACUAAGGAGGGGACGACGGCGAGCUGAUGAGGCUCGACUAGACUUGUGGGGCUUUGCGACGCCUUCGCCCCCACCCCCAUCGUUGCCUCCUGUCUCACCCUCACCCCCUCUGGUUACAGCUCAGUCCGCGUGUCGUCCCAGAGGAAGGCCUCGCUCUAACCUCUUGCCGGAGCGAGCGUUGAAGGGCAAAGGCAAGACAACCAACACAGAAGGUGACACCCCUCCUCAUAAGAAACGGAGGCGCUGCUAUAACAAAAAAUAUCAGACUGGGGAAUACAUCACUGAAAAAGAAAAGCUGGAAGAUGGCAAGCGGCUUGAAGAAUCCGAGUCUCUGGGACAGGACAACGGAAUAGCAUCAGAUUCACACACCAAUCUCUGUCUGGGUCCCAACACCCUAAGUCUAGAGCCUCCUCUGCGGCGACCCUCAUUUACUCGUUCUGGUUCAGUCCGCUACCGAGACACUGAGGCGUCUCCAGAAUGCAAUGACAAGCCCUCAGGGAAGAGGAAGUUCAAAAGCAAACAUUUAUGUGACAGUGAUGAGCAAAAGAUUAAGGGAAAACGCAGCAGCUUGGGUAAACGUGGUGCCUCAGUAGCCUUGGAUGAAGAUGGCACUGAUGGAAAACAUGCAGAUAGCCUUACAGCUAGUCCAAAAGGUUUUCCUUCAUCGCCUCCCACUAAGAAAGGCUCAUCGGGCAUGAGCGUGGCCUCAGAGUCUCCACCGAAAAGGCCGAUUCCUCCAGAGGUCCGUCGCCUUAUUGUCAAUAAAAAUGCCGGGGAGACUUUGUUGCAGCGUGCUGCUCGCUUGGGUUAUCAGGAUGUAGUUCAGUACUGUCUGGAAAAGGACAUCAGGGAGGUCAAUCGUCGUGACAACGCCGGUUACACAGCUCUCCAUGAGGCGUCCUCUCGAGGCUGGACUCAGAUUGUCCAGAUGCUGCUGGAGCAUGGCGCUGAUGUCAACUGCAGUGCCCAGGAUGGAACACGACCUCUUCAUGAUGCAGUGGCAAGUGACAACCUUCCAAUAGUCUGGUUACUUCUCAGUCAUGGUGCAGAUCCCACUCUGGCAACCUACUCUGGACAUACACCUGUCAAACUGGCAUGCAGCGCAAGCAUGAAGACCUUUCUCACAGAAUACUUUACAGACCUGGAAGGGCGCACGGAACAAGAUCCCAGUUUACUUUGGGAUUUCUACAGCAGUUCCCUGUUUGAGACUGAACAGGAGCCCUGCUGGGACUUUUUGCUGUCUGAGCUGAAUCAGGAGCCGGAGGAGACAGGAACGGGAACGACUGAGCUGGACUCGGAAAAAGAUUGCCUUGUGUUUGAGUUUUCCUCUGAGCCUCUCUUACCCUGCUAUCAUGUGCAGGUGUCGCUAACCCAGGGUUUUUGUAACUGGUUCCUCCUGACUGAUGUGCUCAAGCGUCUGAAGAUGUCUUCACGGAUAUUCCGGGCACGUUACCCACAGCUGGAGGUGGUGAGCUUGUCGCACGCCGAGUUCUGGAGGCAAGUAUCUGUCAGCCAGGUGAGCUCGGCUCUGACGCCGCCCAGUAAAAGCAGGAGAAAGGAGGAGAAGGAGGGGGGCGAGGAUGACCAGGAGGAAGAAGAAGGACUUGUGGAUUUGGUGCGCUGUGUACCAGAACUCCAGAGACUACUGGGCUCCUCCAUUGACAUUCUACAUGAGAAUGAGGAGGAGGAGGAGCUAACAAACACAGAGAAGCCUCGCGGCCGGUAGCCCCUCCUGCAGGAGUCAAACUGUUGCGUCAAUCUGAGUCCUCCCUGCAAGUAGCAGCUCUAAGGACACCUCUCCAUCCGUCAUAAAAAGGGUCAAGGUUUUUAAAAUAGCAACUCCCGCUGUGGUGCUGUCUGGACAUGCCUCCUUUAACCUUUGACCUCAGGAAGAAGGUGUUAAAGUGGCAGCAUCUGCUCGUGGACCUGCUCAGCGAUCAGCGGUUGGAAGCAGUUUUCAGGUUCUUACCUAUAGGUAUAUUUGAAUACACGAAAACUAUUGAGCAAACUUUUUUAUAAUGCUUACAUAUGUACAUGGUAGUGUAUAUGUAUAUCUUGCCAUCAGGGUUACCACAUUUGGUUCUAUAAAUGUAUUCUUGUUGGCAAGGGGUGGAUUGUGAUUAAGACUUUUAUGUUGAGUUUCUACCCGAGAGAAAGUGUUUUUUUGUUUUGUUUUUUUGUUUUGUUUUAUUUUGAUAAGCUCUCGAGGAACUCUGAGACAACUUAAGGCCAGCAAACAGUCAGAAAGGUCACCGGCCCAGAAGGUUUCUCUGCCAGCCUGGGACACCUGCACAGGAGAGACAGCGGAACAUCGUAUUCACCCGCCCGGCCUCAGAGCCACUCCUCCAGGACUCACGGUUGCACUCGUACGCCGCAGGCUUUCCUUGCGGUGUAAAGUGACAAUAACGGAUCUCGACAAUGAGACGGCGCUUGCUGAGCUGCAGAGAAAGUAGUGUUCUCCUCUGUCCGUGUUGCACUCCUGAACUGAUACUGAAUCCUGUGGAUCUCUCAGAGGAAUCAUUGUUCCAUCGCCGAAGUCCAGAGCCUGUUCCCAUUGCCCGAGGAGUUCUGGAGAUGCCCUCGUACUGCAGCCACGAGUGUCCCGACGUCCUCACGGUGUUUCCGGAUCCCAGAGUGCUUUGUGUUGCAGUGUGGUUUUUUUAUACACUGAUUGUUGUGCUUAAUUUAAUAGUCAUUAAUAUAUUUGACCUCCUGUGUAUCUGACAACAAGCUUAUCUAUGAAAUUUGCUUUGUUAUGGUUGGUGCUUAAUUUUGAAAUGUACUUAUUAGGAUCCCUUUAUUCUGAGAUGUUUUCCUCCCUCAUUCAAAACAGUAUUCAAAAAAAAAAAAAAAAAAAAAAGCAAAAGUACAGUUUUAUUGUACUGGUGCUACAAUAGAUUUUGUGUUGACAAUCAAUGAAGUUUUUUUGGUUUGAAGUCACAAACUAAGAUAUUUAAGAUGAAGAGACUAUGGUGUAAAGAAAGUAUAGUUUAGUUAAAGAAAAUGGAAUAGAGCGAGAUUUAAAGAGAGGAGAACGAGAUGCCGAAAAAGACUUUUAUUUGAUUCUUUUAUAUAAAAAAAAUCAAGAAUAAAGCAUGAUUGUGAAUCAUGGUUUCUCUUUUUGUUAGAUUAUAAAUUCUUGGUGUUUUAUUUCAGAUUACCACUUUAGGCUUGAAUAAAUACUGUAAUCCCAUCA